AUGCGGAGUCGUUCAGCAAUAGUCGAUAAAUCGCCGCAACCGAGAGAGAUCACAAUAUCCAACCGCGGUUUGAUUACCAUUCGUCUCAGCACCACCACAGAAGAAGUGAUGUCCAUUUCUCACGGAAAUUGGACUGUGUCGAAUGUGCAUUGA